AUGCCCCAUCUAGUGGAGCAAUUUAUGAAAUUGAAGCCGCCUAAGUUUAUGGGAAAAGGUGACCCCGAGGCUGCACCGAAGUGGGUAGAGGAACUGGAAAAGGCGUUUGAAGUGUUGGGGUGCACCGAGCAGGAGAAAGUGACCCUAGCCGUUUAUCAGUUGCAGGAAAAUGCGAGUGAUUGGUGGAAGGCCACCAAGGGAAGAGUAUUUCCGGAAGGUAUCGCCCAGACUUGGGCCGUGUUUACUGAAAAUUUUUAUGGGAAAUACUUCUCGGAUAGUGCCAGGGAAAGGAAGAUAGCAGAAUUUGUGCGACUCCGCCAGGGUCAGCUGACUGUCGAUCAGUAUGAGGCGGAAUUCGCUAGAUUGUCUAAGUUUGCGCCGAUGAUGGUGGAACAUCUCGAGGAUAAGGCACGAAAAUUUCGAGAAGGAUUGAGACCUGACAUUCGUACCCCUGCUAAUACCGUCCAAUCUGAGAAACUAUGA